UCGGCUUACUGGGAGGUGUGCCGGGAAGAAGCUCGCGCGGGAGGCCCCGCCCCUUCCUUUCCGCCGACGCCGCCGUCGAGAGCGCACGUUCCCCCCAGCCUUGGCCUUAAGGACGCGUGGAAAAUGCGUUACGUUGCAGCUUACCUUCUUGCUGUCCUUGGGGGCAAUGAGUCCCCAAACUCAAAAGACUUAAAGAAAAUUCUUGACAGCGUAGGAAUUGAGACAGAUGAUGAACGCGUAAACAAGGUCAUUAGUGAGUUGAAUGGGAAAAACAUCGAAGAUGUAAUUGCCCAAGGUAAUAGCAAACUUGCCAGCAUGCCAGUUGGUGGAGCUGUAGCCGUCUCUGCUGGGGGUUCUGCUGCUCCGGCUGCAGGAGCUGCACCAGCUGCUGGUGAGUAUAGUAAAGCACAAAAAGUAAUGUUUAGGCAGUGGGCAUAAACCUAGCAUAAAGUAUACCAUUAAUAGCAGUCCAGAUACUUGAUACAUUUAUGUGACAUUGCUAACUGGCCAACUCAUUAUACUAUUAUGUUGUUUUAAUGUCUAACAAGUAUUACAUCAAAUGUUGAUUUGGAGGAAGAAAUAUAACUGAAUAAUUGGAAACGCUUAAUUGGUAAUUUCACUUGUACUUCAUAAGGAAAGGUUUAUUGGAAGGAAAUACUCUGUUGAUUCAGAUUUCAAACACAAUUCUCAUCAGCUCUUGCACUCCUUGCCUUAGUAUAGCUACAGACAUUCUUCAGAUACAGUAUUUUAGUUUGUUCCUCACUUUUCAUCUUCAAGACAACUCUUGAUCUAGAAUAACAAGUAUGCUGCUUUGAGAAUUGUCAGCUAACCUUCUGAAUCUAUUUGUUUUUUCAGCAGAGGAGAAGAAAGAGGAAAA